CGAAGCGCAGCUCUCAAGCUCGACUGGGUCAAGGUCUCCUCGUCCCUGGGCCUCCGCGGCCAGACCGUCACCUCCCUCCAGGCCUUCAAGAAGCGCAACGAGGACGCCCGCCGAAAGGUCCAGCAGCUGUCUGAGCAGCCUACCGCCGUCGACUUCGCCCACUACCGCUCUGUCCUGAAGAACCAGGCCGUCAUUGACGAGAUCGAGAAGCGAUUCAAGGCCUUCAAGCCCGUCACCUACGAUGUCUCCCGCCAGAUCAAGGCCAUUGACGCCUUCGAGGUUGAGGCCGUCAAGAACGCAGAGGCCACCAAGCAGGCCGUCGACCUGGAGCUGAAGGACCUGGCCGCUACCCUGAAGAACAUCGAGGAGGCCCGACCAUUCGACGAGCUUACCGUUGAUGAGGUUGCCGCCGCUGAGAAGUCCAUCGACGAGAAGACCGCCGAGCUGGUGUCCAAGGGCAGAUGGAUGGUGCCUGGUUACAAGGAGAAGUUUGGCGAUCUUGCCAUUGUCUAA